AUGGGCAACAGGCCGUCGUCGCGUCGCCCGGGCCCGACGAUCGAGACGUCGACCACCGAGUCGAUCACCACCGACUCGUGCGUCUCUGCGAUGCCACCGGCGCGCCUCCGAGCCCUCGACCCGACCGCCAUCGUCACGACCAAGAGCCUACGACCCAACAUGGACGCGGCAACGCUCGACGGCAAGACGUCCAUCGUACUCAAGCGCUACGGAUUGGGGCGGUCCAAGCACUUGGCGCACGAAGCCAGCGUCCUCUCACGGCUCGACUCGCCGUUCGUCGUGGCCGCCGUGGGCUCGCUCGGCGCGUCGACACUUGCGAUCGAGUAUAUGGACCAAGGCAACCUCGUCACGUUCCUCGAGGGUAUCGGGCACCCGCUCUCGCUGCUGUGGCCGGCGCGCGCGUACAUUGCAUACUGCAUCACGGCCGGCGUCACGUAUUUGCACGCGCAGAACGUCUCGCACCGGCGCCUGCACACGAAGCGCGUGCUCCUCAACAGCAGCAUGGACGUCAAGCUCUGCGGCCUCUUUGACACGAGCGACGCGUCGCCGAUCAAUAUGGGCCUCGACAUGUGCGCACUCGGCACCAUCUUUUUGGAGCUGGCGGCCUUUGCCCCGCGGGAGGCCCACCCAAAGAACGCGAGCGGCCUCAACCAUGCAGAAAGCGCCAAGGCGCCCGACUGGUUUCACGCGCUGGCUGACGUCCUCGCCAUCCUGGCGGCGCAUGGCGCUGACACGCCGCUCUUGUACGACAAUCUUCACGACCACGUCCCCGUAAGAGUGACCAAGUACAUGCCAAUCAACCCCGUCGAGACAGCGGUAAUCGAUGUCGAUGCUGUCGCGGCGCGCCUUCGGGACCUCCCGCCGUGGACACCGGUGGUCGUGCCGCCACAGGAUCUGCCCCGGCUGGACCCAUCGAUGCUGCACGUCGAGCCGAAGCAAGUGGUGACAACGGUCUCGGUGGCCGAGUUUCGAGGCACGUACGACGGGGAACCUGUCGCUGUCUACCGCCUCCACAAACUCGUGACCGCCACUGAGCACGCGCUCCUCCUGGACCACGUCGGAUUGCGCGCCGGGCUACAGGCGUCGUGCGUGGAGCCGCUGCUUGGCGUCUGCGACGACGCCCACGGACUGCCGUGCAUGGUGCUUCGGCGCAGUGCAAUCCCGCGCCUGCCGUUGCAAGAGCUUUUGAGCACGACGCGACCGCAGACGGGCGCGUUCCUGUGGCGACACAAACUGGCGCUGGCCAGUGCGGUCGCCAAGGGCCUCGCCGAGCUCCACGCAGCGCGCGUGCUCGUGCCCAACUUGAGCUCCCGCAACGUCUUGGUGCCGGGCGAUGGCCUCUUGACGGGCGACUUUGCCGACUUCAAGCUCAUCGACGUCGGUGUCGCGCUCGCCCAGCGCGCGGCCGAGACGCUCACGCUUGGUACGGGCGGGUGCCGGUCGCUCGCACCCGAGGUACUCCGGGCGACCGGUCUCGAGACAAGCUACAGCGACGUGUACGCGUUUGGCGUUCUCCUCCUCGAGCUCAAUACGCACCAAAUCCCGUUCUACGAGAUCAAGCGCGACACGGAGGCGCGGAGUGCGAUUGCCAGUGGCCGGCAGCCACGCUUCACGAGCGACUGUCCUCGUUGGUACAAAGAUCUCGCGCUCGCCUGCAUGCACAUGGAUCCGUUCGCUCGCCCGUCGCUCGAGGACGUCGCAGCUUCUUUGGAAGCGCACCUGGAAGGCACGGGCCUCGACCCAUUGUUGGAUCGCGUCGACUUGGUGGCGUUGGACGCGACGCAACUGACCGUCGGGCGCAACAUUGGCAGCGGCAUCUUCUCCAAUGCGUACACGGCCACGUAUGCCUCGCGGUCCGUGAUCGUGAAGCGCCCGAAUCAGUACCGCCAGAACGGCGAGCACGACCAGCCCGCGACAUUUCUCCAUGAAAUCACGCUGCUCGCUCGGCUGCGCUGCCAGCACAUUAUGCCGCUGGUCGGCGUCGCCCACAUCAACCUGGCGCAGCCGUCCAUGGUGCUCGAGGUCAUGGACGCCGGAAGCGUCCGGUCGUACAUGACGCAGUUCCGCGACCCGUCGGCCUUUCCAGACGACACGCGGCUGCACAUUGCGCUCGGCGCGGCCCAAGCCAUCGAGUACCUCCACGAGGUCCGCGUCGUCCACUGCGACCUCAAGAGCGACAACAUCUACGUCACCUCCAAGCGCCACGUCAAGCUCGGCAUGCUCGCACUCGCCAAGCACUUGAACAAACGGACGAACGCGGCCACCUCGGCGACGAUUGCGGGGACGCUGCUGUGGAUGGCGCCCGAGAUCAUCCACGGCGCCUUGUACACGACAGCCUGCGACGUCUACUCGUUCGGCGUCGUUCUCACGGAGCUCGACAUGCUCCAGCGGCCGUUUGCCGACACCAAACUCGGCCGGUACGCGCUGCCGCAAAAGAUCGCUGCCGGUGACGUCACGCCGUCUCUGCGUCCGGCGUGCGCCGAGUGGUAUCAGCACCUCGCCCGCGACUGCAUGGCGUUCGAGCCGCAUCUGCGCCCGACGAUGUCGGAGGUCGUCGAGCAGCUUCGGCAGCAAGUCGCCCUUGACCCCAAGUUUGGGCCCGAGAUUGUAGCGCCGGAUGCGACGACGACGGGCGCAUCGGUGCUUGACCCGGCACCGCUUUUGGCAUCUUUGCCGUUGGUGGACGCCGCUGACGUCGUCGUCGACGAGUGCGUUCUCGGCAGCGGCGCGUACGGCACGGUCUCAUGGGGUCAAUACAAGUCGUCGCCGGUCGCCAUCAAGCAGCUCCACGCUGACAAUUUGCGCGAUGACGCGAAACUGCGCAAGUUUAUGCGCGAGCUCGAGCUGCACACCCGGUUUAUGUCGCCGCACAUUGUGGCCUGCAUCGGCGUCUGCGACGUCGGGCCCAUGCUGCUCAUGGAGUAUAUGGAGAAGGGCGACCUCCGGCGGCACCUCGAUGGCCUCCUUCACAUCCCCAACCCGGUCGAAGUGCUGCCGUGGAGCACCCGCUGCGACAUGGCACUCUCGCUGGCCCAAGCGAUCGCACUUCUGCACGCCCACGGGGUCGUCCACCGCGACAUCAAGUCGCCCAACUUGCUUUUGGACGCCAACUUGCGGCUCAAGCUCGGCGACUUUGGCGAGGCCCACGCGGUUGCCGACGACGCGCUCGACGACGUCAUGGACGACAUUGGCACCGUGCUGUGGAUGGCGCCCGAGCUCUUUGACUGCAGCGGGCUCCGAGACACGACCAAAACCGACAUUUACUCGUUUGGCGUCGUCCUCACCGAGCUCGCGACGCUGCAAAAGCCGUAUGCAGCCAUGGCGCUGCACCCGUAUGCGAUCCAGUGCCGCGUCGCACUCGGCGACCUGCGACCGGACGUCGGCGACCACGCGCCGUUGUGGUUUCAAGCGCUCGCGGCCAGCUGCUUGCAGUUUGAAGCCGAUUUGCGCCCGACAGCGAGCUCGAUUGCCGAGCGGUUGCGGCAUCGCAUGCGGGAUACGUGUAUGCUGCCGGAUGCGCCAUGUGGAGACAUUGUCCUCUGCGGUUAAACGAAGUUCUUUGUAGAUGGACAGAGCAUGCGUCGAUGAUAUAGAUUGAAAG